GUCAGGCGCUCUGCGGGCAGCUAAACCGUCUGUGAGUGUGACGUGUAGGACCUCCUCCUCCGACACACAGCAGCAGUAAUGGCGGACUUCGACAGCUACGAAGAGCGGGACCGGGCCUACGGCAGCUUCGGCGGCAGAGGGCCCCGUGGCGGUGGCGGCCCCGGAGGCCCCAGGAAGCAGAAGGAGCUGCCGUCGGAGCCUCCUUUCACGGCGUACGUUGGAAACCUGCCGUUCAACACGGUGCAGGGCGACAUCGACGUCAUCUUCAAAGAUCUCAACAUCCGCAGCGUCCGAUUGGUCAGAGACAAAGAGACAGACAAGUUCAAAGGUUUUUGUUAUGUUGAGUUUGAAGAUCAGGAAUCUCUAAAAGAAGCUUUGACGUACGACGGCGCUCUGCUCUGUGAGCGGACGCUGAGGGUCGACAUCGCAGAGGGGCGGAGACAAGAGCGAGGGGGAAGCGCCUUCGGCUUCAAGAAAGAUGACGGCAGAGGU